AUGCUUGAAAACAGUCCCGGCAACGAAGUGACGGACAUCAUCAUCGACGAGAGCCCAGCACCAAUGGAGGUCGAGGAGUUGCCCAAUGUCCGCGAUGCCGAGGCGUUCGCUGCCAAGGCCAUGCCGGAUCUCGGCCUCGAGAUCGAGGACUUCCAGUCCCAGACGUGGCGGCUCGACAAGUGGAGCCAACAGGAUCGGCGCAAACAGGGGCCAGAGUUCUCAUGCGGCGGGCACAAGUGGCGGAUCCUCCUGUUUCCACAGGGCAAUGCCAACGGCCAGCCGAAUGACAUGGUUUCCGUCUACCUCGAGUACGCCAAUCCCAAAGGCGCGCCCGAAGGUUGGCACGCAUGCGCGCAGUUCUGUCUCGCCAUUUCGAAUGUAAACCACCCAACCCUUCACAUCUCUAGCCCAGACGCCCAUCAUCGCUUCGUCGCCGAGGAGUGUGACUGGGGCUUUACGAGGUUUGCCGAGCUGCGCAAGCUGUACAGCCCUGACCCUGCCACUGGCCGCACCCGUCCUAUCAUUGAGAACGACGAGGUUGAGAUCACUGCCUUUGUGCGCGUACUCAAGGACCCAACAGGCGUGCUCUGGCACAACUUUGUCAACUAUGACUCCAAGAAGGAGACUGGCCACGUCGGACUGCGAAACCAAGGCGCGACUUGCUACAUGAACUCUCUCCUCCAGUCGCUGUACUGCACCAACUACUUCCGCAAAGCCGUCUACCAGAUACCCACAGACAACGACAUUCCAUCUGAAAGCUUAUCGCUUGCGCUCCAGCGUGUAUUCUACCACUUGCAGACGUCAAACCAGGCGGUCAGCACAACCGAGCUCACCAAGUCGUUUGGCUGGAAGUCGCUCGAUUCUUUCAUGCAGCAUGACGUGCAAGAGUUCAGCCGCAUUCUCCAGGACAAGUUGGAGGAGAAAAUGAAGGGCACUCCAGCCGAGGGCGCUAUUCCUCAACUCUUCAAGGGCCAGAUGAAGAACUAUAUCAAGUGCAUGAACGUGGACUACGAGUCAAGUGUCACGGAAGAUUUCUACGACGUCCAGCUCACAAUCAAGGGUAUCAAGAACCUGCGCGAUUCUUUCAAGGACUAUGUUUCGGUUGAGACUCUUGACGGCGACAACAAGUACAUGGCCGAGGGCUAUGGUCUGCAGGACGCCAAGAAGGGUGUCAUUUUCAAAGCCUUCCCUCCCGUGCUUCACCUCCAGCUCCGCCGGUUCGAGUAUGAUGUGGACAAGGAUGCGUUGGUGAAGAUCAAUGACCGCCACGAGUUCCCUCUUGAGAUUGACCUCGCCGAGUUCCUCGACGAGUCGGCCGACCACUCCGUCUCGCACGUGUACAAGCUCCACGGCGUGCUUGUGCAUUCCGGAGAUUUGCACGGCGGACACUACUUCGCACUCAUCAAGCCCGAGGCUGAUGGGCGGUGGUUCAAGUUUGAUGACGACCGCGUCACUCCUGUUACGGAUAAGGAGGUGCUUGAGGACAACUUUGGCGGCGACCUCGUCAACGGUGUGAUGCCCGCGCACCAGCGCACGCAGGCUCGUACGCUGAAGAAGUUUACCAACGCCUACAUGCUUGUUUACAUUCGCGAGACGGAACUCAGCACAGUGCUCGCCCCCUUCACCGAGAACGACACUCCUCGUCAUCUCAAGGAGCGAUUGGACGCGGAGCGCGAGCAGAUGGAGGCCAAGAAGCGAGAGAAGGACGAGCAGCACCUUUAUCUGACGGCCAAGAUCAUUACGGAUGACGCUUUCGCCAAGCACCAAGGCUUUGACCUGGCUUCGUUCGACGAUAAGAACAUGGGUCCCACCGAGCUUCCAACAUUCCGUAUUCUGAGGGAGGAGACCUACGCCAAGUUUAAGCAGCGGAUUGCCACAUACUUCAAGAUUUCUGAGCGUGACUUCCGCCUCUGGGUCUUGGUGAACCGCCAGAACAAGACAAUUCGUCCUGACGUGCCCAUUCAGGAGAGCGACCACCAACAGACGAUGGACUUUAUCCGCAACAACAUGGCGGCACGGGCCAUCGACCUCCGGUUGUACCUGGACUACAACCCAGACCAAGCCAGAUUCGCGGCGCAGCACGCGAACCCGCACAACCCGCCCAUCAUGAUUUUCCUCAAGUGGUUUGACUGCUCUAAGCAGUCGCUGUUCGGUCAGGGCAAGGUCUUCGUCGACAAGAACGACAAGGUAUCGGUGCUCUACAACAUUAUCCAGGAGAGAAUGGGCUGGCCGUCAUCGACGCCGAUCAAGCUCUACGAGGAGAUUAAAGCCGGCAUGAUUGAAUCGAUGAAGGUCAACAAGACGUUCCUGCAGAACGAGAUUCAAGACGGCGACGUGAUCACCUUCCAGGUUGAGAAGACGCAAAAGGAGAUUGACGAUCUCGAGGCGCAAUCGCUGUACUCGAGUGUUCCCCAGUUCUACGACUUCUUGCAGAACCGCGUGCGCGUUCAGUUCCAUCCUCGUUUCGAAGAUGCUCCAGGAAAUCCGCCCGACUUUGAGAUCGUCCUGAGCAAGAAGAUGACGUACGAGGUCAUGGCGCAGCGUGUUGGCGAUUUCCUCAAGCACGACCCCCUCAAGCUGCGAUUCACGUCGUCCAAUCCCACGAAUGGCCAGCCCAAGGCCAUUGUAAAACGCUCGCUGAACCAGAGCGUUGCCGACAUAACCCAGACCAAUUAUUACAGCCCGCAGCCCAAUGUCGUGCUCUACUACGAACUUCUUGACAUUUCGAUCAUCGAGCUCGAGACGAAGAAGUCGCUCAAGCUGUACUGGAUGGGACGAUACAACAAGGAGGAGGCGGCUCCGACAUUCUUGUUGCCCAAGACCAAUACGUUCGACCAUGUCGUGGAACAGUUGCUGCGCACCAUUCAGCCGCAGCCUGGAGGGUCAGGUAAAAUCCGUGUCUUUGACAUCUCGAGCAACGGGCGCGCACAGCGAGACUACGCUGGAAGCGAGAUGAUUGGCAACCUGCCAGAGCCUACCGAGCUGUACGCCGAGGAGAUUCCUAUGGAAGAGCUCAGCGCUGGCGACAACACGAAGAUCGUGCACCUCUUCCAUUACUCGAGGGACCCCAGCAAGACGCACGGCGUCCCGUGCCGCUUCGUGAUCCGCGAAGGCGAGCCGUUCUCAGAGACGAAAAAGCGGAUACAGGAACGCAUCGGGGUGUCAGACAAGGAGUUUGCAAAGUACAAGUUUUCGCUUGUGCAGUCGCAGGUGUACAAGCAGCCCUCGGUGGUCGAAGAGAACGAUGUGUUAUUCGAUCACAAGUGGGCUCCUGAUGACGCGCUCGGCUUGGACCACCUCGACAAGCGUCCCAACAAGGCAAACGUCGAGAAGGGUAUCGUCAUGCGUUAG